AAGGCGAUCUGAGGGAGAAAAAAAAAGGUCCUAUAAAUAUACAAUCUCUUAAAACGAGUAAAUAUACAAUCUCUCUCACAUUUUCAAAAUUUCCUCAUCUCUGUGGGGAGGAAGGUGCGUGGAUCCCUUCAUUUGCUCUCUCUGGCUGUUCUCUCAGCUUUUCUUCAAUGAAUUCAACCAGAUGUACCCAAUAAUACAAUACAAAAUAACUAGUUGCUCAUUUACGUCCAGUUUUGCACGGAUUCAAUCCAUAUUUUGGCUCUAGCACUAUCAAUGUCGAUCAUCUUGUUCAAUGAAAACUGAUUAUAUCGCUCAAUUGCUCAAAUGUUCAUAUAAACGGGUAUUUAGAUGAUUUGAGCUGUGUCGUGGUGUUUGGGGAUGGGGACUGAAGAGCCAAAAGAUCCAUUCAAGGGGGUUGAUUGGAAAGCUAUAGGCGGUGAAUUGCAGAAGGACCCUAGUGCUGGUGCUAAAUCGGUUAUAAGGAAACGGCUUCCUAAAAAGAUUAGGCAAAUUCCAGACUACUAUUUCCUUCCCCGUAGGUCUCUGCCCUCCGCAAUUGCAUUCUAUGGGGCAUGUAUUGCUGGUGGAAUCGGUGCUGGUAUGCUGCUUGAGAUCUGGAUAAACAAGAAAGUUAAAGAGGAUGGAGGCGUCAUAUGGGAGUUUGACAAGUAGAGCCUGGUUGGCAUUAUAAGAGUUCCAUUCUGAGCCGUCCUUCUUCCUUUGCUGGUGUUUGUUCGCUUUGCAAGCUAAUUGAUGGAACCAAGUCUUCUGAGAAACUUAUCAUAUAUGAAUGCCAUGGGUUUGAUUGUAUCAUCUGGUUCAGUUUUACCAAGCUCAUCCUUCUGUUUUGAUUUUAGCAUUAUCAAGCAAUUGAUUUACUCGAGUAAUUAAUUUGUUGGUUAACAUUGGAGAUGAAUUAGUCUCAUUGUACUUCAUACUGAGGAACUCAGGAAGUCAUGUACAAUUUCUUAUUCUUUAUGCACAUAUAAGCAAUCCUUUUUAACCUGAAA